GAGGAGUUCUGCUCUCGGUCAGUCAGCAGACUUUGUCCAGCAGACAGACGUUGGAGUUUCCUCCAUUUUCUUCUUCUUUGGUGAAGGUGAAAGGUGAGCUGAUGGGGUCCAGUGAAUCCAGCAGCAUGGAUCAGAGGGAGGAGCCACAGGAGGGAGCCCCUCCCUCUAAAAGGAGAGAUGGUAACCAUGACAACCAGAGCAAAGCUCAGAGGAACCAACCUGGACCUGGACUUGGAUCUGGAUCUGGAUCUGGAUCCAGCUGGGGGUCCAACAGGAGUGACAAGUCAAAGGGUUGGACUCCAGACUUCAAGAACAUCCAUCCAGCAGUGGACCAAGGUCAACAGGUCACACAGAGAGUCCAGUCUGCAGCCUCCAGCUGUGGAUCCAUGAAGAGUGACCGGUCCAAAGGUGGUCCUCCAUACUUCAGAACUGAACCAGGACCUUCAGACUCACAUGUCCACAGAGAGAAGAAGAGGAGCGGACCCCAGUCUGCAGAAAGAGCCAGAGCUGCAGAUGUUGGUCUGCAGGAGAUGUUUGGAGAACAUCAGAUCAGUCUGAGGAGCAGAAGUCAACAUGUGGCUGAAGGAACUGAAGAAGCAGGAAGAGAAACGCUCCUCAACAGGGUCUACACUGAGCUCUACAUCACAGAGGGACUGAGACCAGAGGCUCACACCCAACAUGAGGUGAUGCAGCUGGAGACCACCACCAAGACCAACCAGCUCCAUGACACUGCAAUCAAGAACCCAGACAUCUUCAAAGUCCUCCCUGACCAACACAGAUCCAUCAGAGUGGUUCUGACCAGCGGAGUUGCUGGAGCUGGAAAAAGCUUCUCAGUGCAGAAGUUCACUCUGGACUGGGCCGAGGGCUUGGAGAACCAAGACAUCAGUGCUGUGGUUCCUCUGUCCUUCAGGGAGAUGAACUUGAUCAGAGAUGAGCAGCACAGUCUUCUCACUCUGAUCCAGCUGUUCCAUCCAACACUCCAGAAGAUCCCAGCAGAACAGCUGUCUGUCUGCAAACUUCUCUUCAUCUUUGAUGGUCUGGAUGAAAGCAGACUUUCUCUGGACUUCUACAACAGUCCGCUGGUGUCUGAUGUCACACACAAGUCCUCAGUCAACGUGCUGCUCACUAACCUCAUCCAGGGACGUCUGCUGCCCUCAGCUCUGGUCUGGAUCACUUCCAGACCUGCAGCAGCCAAUCAGAUCCCUCCUUCAUGUGUGGACAGACUGACAGAAGUCCGAGGGUUCAAUGAUGCUCAGAUGGAGGAGUACUUCAGGAGGAGGUUCCCAGAUGGAGAGCUGUCCAGCAGAAUCAUCUCCCACAUCAAGGGCUCCAUGUCCCUCUACAUCAUGUGUGAAGUUCCAGUCUUCUGCUGGAUCACUGCUGUGGUUCUGGAGAACCUGCUGACCACAAAGAAGAGAAGAAAGCUGCCCACCACCCUGACUGACAUGUACUCCCACUUCCUGAUGGUCCAGACAAAGAGGAAGAAGAACAAGUACCAGCAGGAACAUCAGACAAGUCCACAAGAGCUGACAGAGACUGACAGGGAAGUUCUUCUGAAGCUGGGGAGGCUGGCAUUUGAACAUCUGGAGAAAGGAAACAUUAUGUUCUACCAAGAAGACCUGCAGCAGUGUGGUCUGGAUGUCACAGAGGCCUCAGUGUACUCUGGAGUUUGUACUGAGAUCUUCAGAAGAGAGUGUGGGAUCUUCCAGAAACCGGUCUACAGCUUUGUUCAUCUGAGCGUUCAGGAGUUUCUGGCUGCAGUCUACAUGUUCCACUGUUACUCCAACAGGAAGGUAGAGGUUAUUGAGGACUUCCUGGAGGACAACAGGGAGAACCGGUCCCUGAAUGAGUUUCUGAGUAGAGUCAUGGAGAAAUCCCUGCAGAGUCAAACUGGACACCUGGACCUGCUGGUUCGCUUCCUUCAUGGUCUCUCUGUGGAGUCCAACCAGAGACUCUUAGGAGGCCUGCUGGGUCAGACAGAGAAGAAUCCAGAAACCAUUCAGAGAGCCAUCAACAACCUGAAGGAGAUCAAAAGUGGAGGAGUCUCUUCUGACAGAAGCAUCAACAUCUAUCACUGUCUGAUAGAGAUGAAGGACCUCUCAGUUCAUCAGGAGAUCCAAGAGUUCCUGAAGUCAGAGAACAAAUCAAAGAAGAAACUCUCAGAGAUCUACUGCUCAGCUCUGGCCUACACUCUGCUGAUGUCAGAGGAGGUUCUGGAUGAGCUGGACCUGGACCAGUUCAACACAUCAGAUGAGGGUAAACGGAGACUGAUCCCAGCUGUUAGGAACUGCAGAAAGUUCAGACUUUCAGGAUGUGAACUCUCAGAGACUGACUGGGAAAUUGUGGCCUCAGCUCUGAAGUCCAACCCGUCCUUCCUGACAGAACUGCACCUGACCUACAACAGACUGGAGGAUUCAUCCAUGAAGGGUCUGUGUUCUGGACUGGAGAGUCCAAACUGCAGACUGCAGACUCUGAGGUUGUGGUUCUGCAGUUUGUCAAAGAUCAGCUGUGAAGUUCUGGUC